AUGGCGCUCGUUAAGGCCGACGAGGCUGAUUACACAAUCAAGCCCGAGAACAUUACCCCCAAAAUCGACACCAGUGCCUGGCCGCUGCUUCUGAAGAACUGGGACCAGCUCCUUGUUCGCACUGGUCACUUCACCCCCAUCCCUGCCGGCGCAACUCCCCUCAAGCGUGAUCUCAAGUCGUACAUCUCCAGCGGUGUUAUCAACCUCGACAAGCCCUCCAACCCUUCUUCGCACGAAGUCGUCGCCUGGAUCAAGCGCAUUCUCCGUUGCGAGCGUACUGGUCACUCUGGUACUCUUGAUCCUAAGGUCACUGGAUGUUUGAUUGUCUGCAUUGACCGCGCCACCCGCCUGGUCAAGUCUCAGCAGGGUGCCGGUAAGGAGUAUGUCUGUGUUAUCAGACUGCACAACAAGCUCCCCGGUGGCGAGGCACAAUUCGCUCGCGCCCUCGAGACCCUCACUGGUGCUCUCUUCCAGCGUCCUCCUCUCAUUUCCGCCGUCAAGAGACAGCUUCGUAUCAGAACCAUUCACGAGAGCAAGCUUUACGAGUUUGACAACGAGAGACAGCUCGGUGUCUUCUGGGUUUCUUGCGAGGCUGGUACCUACAUCCGUACACUCUGUGUCCACCUUGGUCUUCUGUUGGGUGUCGGUGCUCACAUGCAGGAGCUGAGACGUGUGCGAUCUGGUGCUAUGGACGAGCAGAAGAACCUCGUCACCCUUCACGAUGUCCUUGACGCCCAAUACCUCUACGACAACCAGCGCGACGAGAGCUACCUCCGUCAAGUCAUCAGCCCCCUCGAGUCUCUGCUCACCACCUACAAGCGUGUUGUCGUCAAGGACUCUGCCGUCAACGCUGUCUGCUACGGUGCAAAGCUCAUGAUUCCUGGUCUGUUGAGAUACGAAUCUGGCAUUGAGGUUCACGAGGAGAUCGUUCUGAUUACCACCAAGGGUGAGGCCAUUGCCAUUGCCAUCGCCCAGAUGUCGACCGUCGAGCUCUCUACUUGCGAUCACGGUGUUGUUGCCAAGGUCAAGCGUUGCAUCAUGGAGCGUGACCUCUACCCUCGCCGCUGGGGCAUGGGACCUGUCGCUACCGAGAAGAAGAAGAUGAAGGAGAGCGGCAAGCUCGACAAGUACGGCCGCCCCAACGAGGCCACCCCCGCCAAGUGGAACGCUGAGUACAAGGACUUCAACCUGACUGUCAACGGCGAGUCAACCACUGGUGCCGAGAAGGUCGCUACUGAGGCCGCCCUUGUCAAGGAGGGUAUCACUGGUCAAUCCAAGGACACCACCUCUACCGAUGAGGUUAUGGCCGCCCCCGCUGUUGCUGGUGAUGGCUCAGAUGUCAAGGACGCAACCAUGGAGGACGCUGGCUCGAAGAAGGACAAGAAGCGCAAGCGCGAAGGCGAGACAGCAGAGGAGAAGGCCGAGCGUAAGAAGAAGAAGGCCGAGAAGAAGGAGAAGAGAAAGAGUAAGAGCAAGGCCGACAGCUCUGACAGCGAGUAA